AUGACUACUAGGUUGGAUGGGUUGGCGAGUAAGCUUGAGCAAAGUUCGAAGAGUACUCAAGCAACGUUUCAGGAUAUUGAAGCUAGGUUGGAAAGGCUAGGAAACUCAAGCAGGCAGCCCGGUACCCUACCGAGCAACACUCAGCAGAACCCGAAACCUCAACAAAACAGCCAAGGAUCUGGAGCUAAGUACAACCAUCCGAAUGCAAGAAAUGAGCAAGUCAACGCAAUCACGACGAGAGCAGGUAACUCUUAUAACUCUGCAAAUGUUUCACCUAAUGUUGUUACUCCUCUCGUGCAGAUUGAACCAGAAGUUGCAGUUGAUGAAGAGAUCGAGAUGGAGCCAAUCCCGGCCAUUCCAUCUAAGAAAGCCGAGAAACCUACUGAUGAGGCACCUCCCGUGAAGCCUUACAAACCGAAGGUGCCUUAUCCUCAACGGUUGAAGCAAGGGAAGAUAAAGGCGAACUUCAAGAAGUUCGUUGAUCUGAUUCAGAAUGUUAACAUUACUGUUCCAUUAGUUGAUCUCCUUGCAGCUCUUAGGCACCCUUACUCUUGUGAUGAAUCGUGUUUCAGGGUCGAUGUGGUUGAAGAGAAAGAUGCUUUGGAGAAGGAGCUUAUGGACUACUUAGAUAUGGAAGAUGGACAAGCAGUGUUAGCUUGUAGUGAAGAAGAGCAUGAGUGGGUAGAAGAAAUGAUGCAGGAAAUCAUGGCUCUUGAUGUUGAUGAAACUCCACGGGAGGAUGAACCUUUCGAAGAAAUCAACAAUGGUGAAAGUAUCCGAGUUCCUACAUCGGUUGAAAGUCCUCCCACCGAUUUGGAACUUAAGCAACUUCCGGAUCACUUGGAGUAUGCAUAUUUGGAAGAUGAAUUAAUUCCCACAAGAACUGUUACGGGGUGGAGGGUAUGCAUCGAUUAUCGGAAAUUGAAUGAAGCGACCCGCAAAGAUCAUUUCCCUUUACCAUUCAUUGACCAAAUGCUCGAACGGCUCGCCGGAAACGAGUAUUUCUGUUUUUUAGACGGGUUUUCUGGGUAUUUCCAAAUACCCAUAGACCCGAAAGACCAAGAAAAGACCACCUUUACUUGUCCCUAUGGCACUUAUGCCUAUAGGAGGAUGCCUUUCGGUCUUUGUAAUGCACCCGGUACUUUCCAACGUUGCAUGAAUGCAAUCUUUCAGGAUAUGCUAGAAACUUCCAUGGAAGUCUUUAUGGAUGAUUUUUCUGUGUUUGGUAGUUCAUUUGAAAAUUGUUUGAAGAGUCUUGACAAAAUGUUGGAAAGGUGUGAGCGGGCACAUUUGGUUUUGAAUUGGGAGAAAUGUCAUUUCAUGGUCAAGGAGGGUAUUGUUUUGGGACAUAAAGUUUCUAGAGAAGGGUUAGAGGUAGACAAAGCUAAAAUUGAUGUAAUAAGCAAAUUACCUCCACCUACAAAUGUUAAGUCGGUUAGAAGCUUCCUUGGUCAUGCCGGUUUUUACCGGAGGUUUAUUAAAGAUUUCUCCAAAAUCACUAGACCCAUGACUAAGUUGUUAGAGAAGGAUGUCCCGUUUGUUUUUGAUAAAGACUGUCUUGAUGCAUUCAACUUGCUUAAAGAAAGUUUGACCAAUUCCCCCAUUAUGACUCCACCCGAUUGGUCCUUACCAUUCGAGUUGAUGUGCGACGCUAGCGAUUAUGCCUUAGGGGCCGUUUUAGGCCAAAGGGGGGAUAAACACUUCCGCCCUAUUUCGUAUGCUAGCAAGACUUUGAACCCAGCUCAACAGAAUUACACUGUCACUGAGAAAGAGUUGUUAGCUGUGGUGUAUGCUUUUGAUAAAUUCCGUCCCUACUUGGUCCUUAACAAGACAAUUGUCUACACUGACCACUCUGCCCUUAGGUACUUGUUCACGAAACAAGAUGCUAAGCCUCGCUUGAUUCGUUGGGUCUUGCUUUUGCAAGAAUUCGACAUUGAAAUUAAAGACAAAAAGGGAGCAGAGAAUGUGGCAGCUGACCAUCUUAGUGAUGGUGGUUCAUUCUUUUGUACCCCCGAACAUCUGGUUCCACGACCCCAUGACUUGGGAGGAUCUCCGCGAGGGCCGGUCCAGUUUGGCCAUUAUACAAGUGGUGAUGCGGGCAUUUCUUCUUCUAUGCCCAGUUUUCCUGCAGGUGUUAGUUCCGGUUUUGCUGAUUAUGCUGGAGGUUCGGAAGCAGGAUUUGGAGCUAGUGGAUUUGGGCAGGCGGGUGAUCAGGGAGCAGGUGGUUAUGGCGGUUCUGGUUCAGGUCAAGAGGAAAAGCGCAGUUGGGUGGAUAAUCUCUUUGCACCACCCUGUUUUUCUGGUGGUAGGUUUUAUUGA